GGCAGGUGCAAGCCCGAAUCAAAGAGUCGCAAACUUUCUUGAAGUUGGAAACUUCGUACUCGUAAAGUAUAAAGUCCGACUUGCUUAUAGACUACGUCUUGGAUAAUAUGGACGGACUCUGAGAGGCGAGCGUGUGAUCGAGGAAUGGGAAGAUCACUUUACUAAACGCCUCCUAAAAGACAAGAGUUAAAUUUAAGAUCCACUGACCAGAAAAGAUGAGUUGGGGACAGCUGUACUCUUUGCUUGGGGGUGUAAACAAACACUCAACCAGCUUGGGGAAGAUAUGGCUCUCAGUCCUCUUUAUUUUUCGCAUCAUGAUCCUGGUGGUAGCAGCUGAAAGCGUCUGGGGGGAUGAGCAGUCGGACUUCACGUGCAACACUUUACAACCAGGGUGCAAGAAUGUCUGCUAUGAUCAUUACUUUCCCAUCUCUCAUAUUCGUCUGUGGUGCCUCCAGCUCAUCUUUGUGUCUACUCCGGCUCUCCUAGUAGCUAUGCAUGUGGCCCACAGCAAGAAGGAACAGAAGAAGGACAUCAUUAAGACUAUGGGAGAUAAGGCUGAUGAGGACCUAGAGAUGCUCAAGAAAAAAAGGCUUCCAAUUACAGGCUCAUUAUGGUGGACUUACACUGUAAGCCUCUUUUUCAGGCUGGCAUUUGAAGGGGCUUUCAUCUAUGUUUUUUACUUGUUGUACAGUGGAUUCCAGAUGCCCCGCCUGGUAAAGUGUGAUGCAUGGCCAUGUCCUAAUGUGGUGGAUUGCUUCAUUUCACGACCCACAGAGAAAACCGUGUUUACCAUUUUCAUGAUUAGUGCCUCUGCACUCUGCAUGGUCCUCAAUGUGGCAGAAAUGUGCUAUUUGGUGGUCAAAGCCCUAGUACGCUGUUGCAGGCGUUCGCAGCAAAGGUCUUAUCACCCCAGCCACCUGCCCAAAGGGAAGGAACACCUGCAGAACAAGAAGAACGAGCAGCUGCUUUCUGAGGCCUCUUCUAGCAAAGACAGCUCCAUGGACAAGCUUGCAUAGCACUGCUAUUAGGUCACAAGAGAAAUUGUACUUUCUAGAACAAUUUGGAAAUUAUAUUUUACUAUGCAUCACUGCCUGAAUGUGUUUUUAAAAAAUGAUAGAAUUUAAUGGCUUUCAUAUUGUUAGAAGUAUUCUUGUAAGUGGACAGUUCUAUGAAAAAUCAAUAGUCAAAGUUUUGUAUUAGAAACAAAAUCUACAAGCUCAUAUACUGUUAUUUAUUCCAGCUUAGGUUUUUUAGGAAAAAGUGAUAUUUCCAUAAUGAAAGUCAUUAAAGACACUGUUUACAAGUUUAAAACAAAACUGAAGGUGUAUAGUUAGUGCAAUAUUAGUGCGAUGUAGUGAAGGAGGAUUGUAUUACACAUCUAUGUCUGUCAGUGUCCUGUCUUAAUGCCUAGAUGAAUUUAAAGAAUGAUUAAGAGGAUUCUUUUUGCACAAUCCUUAUUAACCUUAAGAUAGGAAGUCUAUAUUCACUCCAGGGGGAUCCCUGCCACAAAUCAAAGUGUUUAGUUCAUUCAUUUUCUUUCUGAUCUCAACUUGUACAGUAAUACCCACUUUAUAUAGAAGUUUAGUAAAAGGGGAUUGUUAUUGUAGCCAUAAGGCACAAAAUGGUCCAAUUUCAAAACGUGUUUACUUUAAUAAUGCAUGCUUAUUUACCAUAUUAUUGUAGUUUUUAGUAUUUAACAACAAUAACUAAAAUCUCAUACUAGAAACUGCCUAUUUAGUUUUUGGGCACUCCUCGGCACUAUAAUAUAUUUAAAUAUAUUAUCAGUGUUUACUGUACAUACACAUUUCAACACAUAUAUUCCUUUCAGAAAUAGAUUUAAUUCAUUUGAGCAAAUAACACAAUACACAUAAAUCACAUUUUGUUUAAUGUAAACUGAAGGCCUGCCCCUGGCAGGUAUUGUUCUUUAUUAAAGAUGUUGGUCUGAGUCAAAAAUGAUAAGCUAAGGGAGGGUCAUUAAAAGGAAGCAUGGGAUUCCCUGGCUUGAAGGAUUAUUUUAAUGGGAGUAGCAGGUUUACUGAAGGCAGAGCACUGACACUCCAAAAAGUAGACAAAGACGUAAAGAUAAUUAGUUACUGACAAGAAGUGUUCCUAAUGUUACAAAGCUGUACCUACAGCAGAUAAUAUUUAAGCUGAUAAUUUAUGUUUCAUUUAAGAUAUAUUUAUGUUAUUUAAUCACUUUACAGGCAAAUAAUAACUUUGGGUAGAAUCCUCAUUUCCUUGAAUGAUAUUUGUGAAUACUAUGCACAAGUUCAAAAGCUUCCAUGAAGACUUGGGAAGCCCUAGAUCUAUAUUGAUCGACAUUUUUUGAUGAAUGUAGACUUAAAAUUAUUUUAACUAUGCAGUGCAAAUCAGAAACAAGAUUCUAAACCUUAGUGUGUAAAAAUCGUAAUUUUAAGAAAUAUUUUUAAAUGCUUUGCUACUUUUUAGUGUCCACUAACUGUUCCUGUCUGACUUUCGCUUUUUUGUGGUUGAA